AUGCUUAUCGAGGCUGUCAAUACAACGACGGUGGCUCUGGCCAUUCCUGUCUGUCUGCUUUUGUUUGUCAUUGUCAACUGGCUCACGGUCGCAUACAAGGUUGCCAAGUCGUCUGGCGUCAGAGCACCCUCAAUCGGAGACAACCCCAUCUCCGCCAUCCGGGUUUCCUUGACUGCAGUAAAGUACCAGAACCAGAAUCGUCUCUACGACUUCUUCAAGAGCAUCUUUGAUGCUGGCACCCCAGAAUGUCCCAAUGCUGUAGAGGCUCUCUUUUUCGGGCGUCGUAUCAUCUUCACCCAGGAGCCCGAGCAUAUCAAGACGGUCCUUACAGCCAAGUUUGCCGACUAUGGCAAGGGGCCAAAGUUCCACGAGGUGUGGGCGCCGUUCCUUGGUGACAGCAUCUUUACGACCGACGGCGCGCAGUGGCACGAUAGCAGAACACUGAUCCGGCCCAUGUUCGUCAAGGACAGAGUCCGUGACAUGGGAAUUUUCGAGCGCUGGUCAGACAAGCUCAUCUCCAAGUUGCCAGCCUCUGGUGAGACUGUCGACAUGUGCGACUUGUUUUAUCGCAUGACGCUUGAUCUUACCACCGACUUUUUGCUGGGCAGCGGCGUAGGCAGCCUCGACAACCCGAAUAGUGAAUUCUCCAACGCUUUUACGGUCGUGCAGCGACUUCAAAUGAUCUUGACAAUCAUGCUGCCGUUUCGUCGCUUCAUUCCGCAGCAGCAAUACCGUGACGGCAUCAAGACUUUGGAAAAGUUCAUGACACCAUACAUUCAGCAGACGCUGUCCCUGACGCCAGAGGAGCUGGAAAAGCUGUCCAAGUCUGACAAGCAAUUCACCUUUCUUCACAACAUCGCGCUCUUCUCCCGCGAUCCGAAGGUCAUUCGCGACCAGAUCAUGGCUGUGCUUCUGGCUGGCCGUGAUACCACGGCCGCGACGCUUUCUUGGACAAUCUACGAGCUAGCCAACUACCCUGAUGUCUGGACCAAGCUUCGUCAGACAGUGUUGGAAAAGGUUGGGCCGGACAGCAACCCGACAUACGAAGACAUUAAGGGCAUAACUUACUUGACUCAUGCCAUCAGUGAAACCCUGCGCCUGUACCCAGCUGUGCCUUACAACAUCCGAUCUUGCUUGCAGGAUUCUACACUGACUGGAGCGCCUGGUCAGCCCGAUAUUGCAUGCUUCAAAGGAAAUCACGUCAUCUACAGCACCUACGCCAUGCAGCGACGCCGCGACCUCUACCCGCCCGUGUCGGAAACUUUCGCGGAUCCGGACAUCUACAGCCCCGACCGCUGGGACCACUGGACGCCGCGGCCCUGGCAGUACGUGCCGUUUAAUGGCGGGCCGCGGAUUUGCAUUGGCCAAAACUUUGCCAUUACUGAGAUUGGCUACGUCUUGGUGAAAUUGUUGCAGAAAUACGAAAGGCUAGAGUAUCGUGAUGAUUGGAAUGCGCAAUUUCACAAGGCAGAGAUUGUUGGGUGCCCAGGGCGUGGUGUCCCAGUAGCCUUUUUUGAACCGGAAAAGACGGACGAAAAAACAGCUUAA